GAUCGCCGGAGCGACGCACCCGGAGCGCGAUGGAGAGGGCGCGCGGGCCGUGGGCCGAGGCCAAAGGGUCUGAGGACGUGGAGGAGGAAGUGGGGGAGGCCAUGGCUGCCGUGGUAGCGGCGGCGAGUGCCGCGGGUCCGGCAGUUCUGCAGUUAGCUGGUCUCUAUCGGGGCCUGUGCGCUGUGCGCAGCCGCGCCCCGGGCCUGGGGCUUGUGGCACCCGCGCAGUUGCGCGUGUUUCCGGUGCGCUGCGGUUCUCACCUGCCCACGGGGGGCGCCGACGGCAACAGUAUUGGGGACGAGCUCGAAGCCAACCCUUUCUACGACCGUUACCGCGACAAGAUCCAGCAGCUGCGCAGGUCUGACCCAGCUGCUUUUGAGUCCCGACUGGAGAAACGCAGUGAGUUUCGGAAGCAGCCAGUGGGGCACUCCAGGCAAGGUGACUUUAUCAAAUGUGUGGAAGAGAAGACAAACACUUUGGGGAAACAGCCUAUGAGCAGAGGAUUCACUAAGGACAAGACUCUCAGUUCAAUCUUUAAUAUUGAGAUGGUGAAAGACAAAACUGGAGAUGAAAUAAAACAGAUUUGGCAGCAGUACUUUGCAGCAAAAGAUACAGUCUACGCAGUUAUUCCUGAAGAAAAGUUUGAUUUGAUCUGGAACCGGGCUCAGUCCUGUCCAACAUUUCUAUGUGCACUACCAAGAAGAGAAGGCUAUGAGUUCUUUGUAGGACAAUGGUCGGGCACCGAACUCCACUUCACUGCACUUAUAAAUAUUCAGACCCGAGGGGAAGCUGCAGCCAGCCAGCUGAUUUUAUAUCACUACCCUGAACUUAAGGAAGAAAAGGGCAUAGUACUGAUGACAGCAGAAAUGGAUUCUACAUUUCUGAAUGUUGCUGAGGCACAGUGCAUUGCCAACCAAGUUCAACUCUUUUAUGCCACUGAUCGGAAGGAGACCUACAGGCUGGUGGAGACCUUUAACUUUAGACCGAAUGAGUUCAAAUAUAUGUCUGUCAUUGCCGAAUUGGAGCAAAGUGGACUUGGAGCAGAACUGAAAUGUGCCCAGAACCAGGAUAAGACUUAGAGUUGUAAGGGUUGGCUCCUUACAGAGUCUGCUCAGCCCUGGGGUAGCCUAGAGCACAUCUACCCCCUGAACGCUCAGAAGUUUGCCUCUGUAAUGAGCAGUCUCUAAGGAGUUGUGCUGUGCGCUUACGUAAGAAGAAAAAACCGUGGAGGUGAGCCCUAAUACUUGAUAUUCAGGAACGAAGAUACCCAAACAUUCUGAUAAUUGUAUCUCAGCAUACUUGAGGUUUCCUUUAUAAGUGUUCGAGGUCAUGAUCAGAGACAGCUGAGGAUCCCAAGGAUCCCGCAGGAUGGAUGACUUGAUUUUACACAUUGUAACAUUUUGUUACAAGUGCAUUUGCAUUCUGGGCAUUGUGACAGCACAGUUCCCAAUUGCACAUAGUUCCUCAUCUUUAUAAACUUGUGACAGGAUAAGUUUGAAGACCUGGCAUAUAGUUAGAUGUGGGCUUUACGUACAUUUUCCAUGUGCCAGCUGGGUGGCCAAAAGCAUCACCCAAAUACCCUGUUUAGGCUCUAGAACAACCAGGUAUUGCAGAAAGGAUUAAGACUUCCAUCUAGAUGCCCCGAGUUGCCUUUAGUGUAGCUAGUUUGGAGUGUCAGUAGAUUUCAGGUACACUUAAACACACAGGUACAGUGCCUGCAUGUGUUUAAACCAUGAUUUGUUUAAACCUGCUCCUCUAAUUCGGCCUUUUAGAAGCUGUGUAUUUGGAGGGGGUGAACCAGUGCAGUGUAAAUAAAUCAAGUGUUUUGUAAGAAAGGAUUGAUCCAGAUUUGCAUGUUUCUGUGUAUUAUUUUUUUUAACAACUCUAAGCCAACCUACAUUGGGUGGGGAGAAGAUAGAGCAAUAAAAUAUAAUCUGGCUCACAAUCUUUGUUACAGUCAGCGGUGACUUAUAAGCUAUGUGCUGUCCGUAGAGUCAGUGCUAUGAGCUGAUUUGAUCAGAACUCAUCUUUGGACUCAGUAGUUGCUUGAAACACCAAAAACGAGAAAGGAGCUCUCCAGCAGUGGAAACUCCCUUGUGGUUUGAAAUAUCAGUGUUGUGGCUCCAAGCUCUGUGACAGAGGAGAGGGGCAUGGUUACACACCAGCCUCCUGAACCCGAGGUAUCCCCCCCACCCUCACUGUUGUCCGCCGUCUUUACUGUACCUUUCCCUUUCUUGCUCUAACAUGUUCCACUUUGCUGCUGCCUGAGAUCUGGCUGUACCACGCUGAAUAUGGUGAGUGGGAAUAUAACCAGUACUUACCCUC